AUGAUCUCCAGAGCGGUCACAGAUGAGCAUUGUGGGACACCACCUGGAGGCCAACUAAGUCAAAUUACACAACACUGUGUCUGCACUACCUCGCAAUUGAUCCAUGAAAAUCAAAUUAAAUGCUACACAGGAAUGUGUCAUCUGACAUGCUCUACCCUUGGAAUAAUACUCAUUCACAAUCAUACUCACCAACUUGUUUCUGAACAAGGAAAUAUUUUUCAAGUCUUCCACAAUGUAUCCAGUUGCAUGAAGAAAUAUGAAGAGGAACUUGAACGAGAAUUUGAAUUGGAAAAAGAUACUUUGUUUUGGGGACUUAAAAAGGAUCCCACAGACUUUGAGUGGAGCUUCUGGAUGGAAUGGGGAAAGGAACGUAUAAUAUGGCUUCUGCUUGGCCAUCUAAUGGUAUCACAGAUGUCAAGGCUCUUUAUGGAAAAGUACAAACCCUGGUGUCUAAUGGCAUACGGGAUGGUGGCCUGCUGGUUUCUAUUAGGAAUCAAUGGCUUGGCAGUGAUUUUGCUACAUAUAGCCAUUUCAUUUUCCGUGGCUCAGUUUCAGACAGCAGUCCUGACAUGGCUGUGCUCACUACUUUUGUUAUCAACUUUGCGCGUACCAGCCGUGGAAGAAGCAAAGAGAGGGUGGUACGACACUGAAAAUGAGUACUACUUGCUGCUCUUCACCCUGACUGUUCGCUGCCUCUACUACACUAGUUUCAGCCUUGAAUACUGCUGGCAUGGGUCUACCCAGAAGAGGUACCACUCAUUUUUUUGGAUGCUGGCGUACAUGUUCUACUAUCCUGUGUUCCACAAUGGACCCAUUAUGACCUUCAAUGAAUUUACUAAGCAGAUGAAGAGACAAGAAGCCUGCAGUUUGAAGAUUAACCUUUGCAUUUUAUUGCUGGGCAUGGUUCGCAUUUUCUUUUGGUGGUGGUUGGCAGAGUUGAUGAUUCAUCUCAUGUAUAUCCAUGCCAUAUACAGUAGUUCUUCACAUCUGGAAGCAGUGUCCUACUGGACUUUAGGUGGCCUGGCAUUAGCUCAAGUACUAUUUUUUUAUGUGAAAUACCUGGUUCUCUUUGGUAUUCCUGCUCUUAUUAUUCGAAUGGAUGGACUCAAACCUCCAGCUUUACCUCGCUGUGUGAGCACAAUGCACAGUUUCACUGGAAUGUGGAGAAGUUUUGAUGUUGGACUGCAUCAUUUUCUUAUCAGGUACAUCUACAUCCCAAUGGGAGGAUCCCGUGGCAGUAUGUUUGGGAUGUUGUUUUCCACAGCAAUCACUUUUUCUUUUGUAAGCUAUUGGCACGGGGGCCAUAACUACCUUUGGUUCUGGGCAGCACUUAACUGGCUUGGAGUAAUUGCAGAAAAUGGAGUCAAGAGGCUACUUUCUGUUUCACUUGUUCGAGACCUAAUCGAUCGUUUUUUCUCACCAAAAAUUUGUCGUCGACUUCACGCUGCCCUAGCAGCUGUUUCCACUUCAAUGUUGAUUUUAUCCAAUCUAGUGUUUCUCGGAGGAAAUCAAGUUGGGAAAAUCUACUGGAACAGGAUCUUUGUGGAAGGCUGGCCCUGGGCAACCCUGUCUGUUCUUGGAUUCCUGUACUGCUACUCUCAUGUUGGAAUUGAAUGGGAUCGCACACACCGUGUAGAUUAG